AUGUUCCCUCCCUUACCCGCCACCUGUUGCCCCGCUCCAUCUGGCACUCUCGCCGACUGGAUGGGUUCCGCUCAGUUUACAGACCCCAAGAUAUGGGAGAAAGUCUGGAUUGAGCCAACAGAUCAGCGGUACAUCCGUGCAUGGAACACUGGUAGAGUCGUCUUCUUUCAGAAUCCCGACAUGCUCAGCGGGCUUUCACAUUCCCUCUCGAAGCUCCGUCUUGACGCCGCCGUGACCGAUCACUCCUAUCUCAGUGUCUGGAACAAACCUCGCUUGAACCCUGUUUCCCCUGUGAGAGUGAAGAGUGCCACUCAAUACGGUUUUUGCCUCGAAGAGGGUCUCAUUGGAUUGGUGAAUGAUGUCUUGUCCGAGUACACGUUGGAACCGGAAGGCGGUGCCGUUACCUCGCAAUGGAAGCCUGAGAAGGAUAGAGUUGGACCAGACUUCCUAUUGUGCACUCGAGACCGGCUGGCUCAAGACGACGGCUUCGGGCUAGCGGUGGAGGGCGGAGAGACUCGGCUCGUGGGAUACUUGGCAGAAGUCAGUGAAGAGGAUGCAGAAGAAAUCAGACUGUUCAUCACAGAGGUAGUGGACCGAAUGCACUCCCGUGGUUCUUCGUCGUUGUUCAUCACCGACGGCCAACGCUUUCUGGUCGUGCAAAGGCUUCCAGACCUCGAUGACCCCAAAGCUUUCCAUCUCAACCUCUCUAGCCUGAUUGGUAACGCCGGUCCACUAGAUCUUUACACCCCACCCGAUGAUCUAUCCCCUAUUCACUCACCGAAAUUCCUGACUGAGCUCCCUGUCGGGCUUCUGUGUUCGUUAUCUUUCGAAACACCCUUGGAUCCUUUCCCUCUUCCAGCACGGUCUUCGCUAUCUUCGCCCGAUUUUCUCAUCAACGAACGUAAGGGUAACAAAGACCAAGAUACUGGCAAAAGACGCGAAUACCCAAUCGAUGCAUCUUUCUGCAGAGAGACUGAGAGAGGGCAAGGUACGAUCUACUUGUCGGGCAACAUUGAGGCUCGGCCGGAUAUGCUGGUCCAUUCGUAUUCUCUCGCUCUACGCAACGAGUACUUGUCUGGUCCCCUGAGCCCUCAGACAGCUACUUUGCCCUGUCCCGCCCCCUCCCAGUCUUCCACUUCUAUCCAAGACGCCAUACCUGGGCUGCCGGGAUCCGAUGCUAUCAGCGGGCUCCACAUCAUUGAGCCGAUCGGCCUCGGUCACCUCUGGGAUACUUUUCUUGCGACUUUGACAGUCGCAGAAGACGGACUAUUCGAAGGUUUGGAGGCUGGACAAGAAGCUACUGUGGUUGCCAAGAUCACAUGUCAAUCAUCAUACAACGGGUACCCGCCCGACCUUUCGCCAGAUGCUGCUCGCGAGGCUAUCCUCAAUGAGUACCGCAUCUAUUCCACUAGUCUCCAACAUCUUCAGGGGUCGGUGGUGCCCAAGUGUUAUGGGGUAUGGGGCGGGGUGCUGCGGGCGGAAAGUCAGUGGGAUAUUGAGAGAGAGAUAUGGGUCAUGCUCAUGGAACACGCGGGCGAGGCCCUGGAGUUGGAAGAUUUCUUUGAGGUGGUGGGAGGAAAGAAUGGCCCUUCAAUUCGUCGCGAGAUAUUGAAAUGUUAUGAGCAACUAACUCCAUGA